AUGAUUUUUUUGAAGGUAGCUCCUAGUGGCAAGAACUUCUUCAAACAUUAACAAAUUAUAGCCAUAAGCUCGAUGAGACAAGCUAUGAUUUAUACAAUUACAAAUGUGUUUAGUUGCGAGCCAAAUAAUUCAACCAAAUAAUUGCCCAACGACGAAAACUUAAGCGCUUAAACAGAGAAUGGAGAAUCUGAAAGUGAGAUCAAUUAAUUCAAAAAGAUUUUAGAUACUUUUGAGAAAGAACUCACUGUAAUUAAUCGUAGAAGUCGCGGUAGACCCAAGAAAUUAAAGUUUUUAAAAUCCUCAAGCAAAUCAUCGAUCUUAUCUAUCUGUCGAGCAUUUGUUAAAUGUUUAAUGAUCAACGAUUCAAUUUUUAACAUCAAUGGGAAAUAUUAGGAAUUAGUAGAAAGUAAAUUCAGUUAGGAUCAGAUCAGAAGAAUUAAUUAAGAUCUGUAAUAUUCAACCAACCCUGUGGAAAAUGAUAGGUAUAGACUAUAUAAGAUAAUAACUAAAUCCAGAAAGUUAGAAAAGAAUACUCUUGAAAAAUUAAGCAUUCUCGGCAGAAUAAGGUACAGAUUCAGCUUGAAAAAUAUAUAAUAAUUUCUUUCGGAUUCAGUUUACAACUAUCUCUUCAGGCAUUUUUUGUUGAGCUUAAGUGCAGAGAAUUUUUCAUAAUUUAACCAAGAAGUUGUAAGUCAAAUGUUGAACGAGUCAAGUUGGUUGACAUAAUUCUAAUGA